AUGUCAACUCUUCCUCAACCGAACCGAGCCAGAAAUAAUAACAUUGGACCGCUCGAGGUCGAGAGGCGCACUGGAAACUUUUUGACUUUCCAUAACUCCUGGCUGCUAUGCAACUGUAGCAUAGCAGCGUACCUCACCGGUAGUGCACUUAUUCCAUUGGGUCUCACUUGGUGGCAGGCGAUCAUCUGUAAAAACGUUAUUACAACCGCUGCACUUCUUGUGAGCUCUCUAGCAGGUGCUUAUUACAACACUCGGGUCGGUGGGCAGUACGUGUACCUCAUCCUUCAUUCAUGGGACCCCGAUCUUGAACAAAACGUCAUGAACACAAUCCCUUCCGAUACUGGCAUGACUUCUGCACAAUUUAUUGCUUAUGUCAUUUUCUGUGUCUCAACCAUCCCUUUCCUGUGGAUACACUCUCAUCGUAUACGAAAACUACUUAACGGGUUUGGCGCAACGCUAGGCUCUGACAUAUGGCUCAUGAUCUCGGGGAUCAUAAAGACCAUUGGCUCUAUCGCUGCAGGGAUUAUAAAUCAAAACGACUUCGCCCGCUAUGCCAGCAGACCGGCGCAUGCUUAUUGGGGUCAGGCAUUUGCCUUCCCCAUCUAUAGCAUAUUCGCAUCGGUUCUCGACAUCCUAGUCACGGCUGCUACCCAGAAUCGUCUCGGGGAGAGGCUUCGGCUCGAACGCGACGGUGGUGGUGCUGGAACGCGCGCUACGGUAGCCUUUGCGGGGCUAGCUUUGACGAUUGCUCAAAUGGGGACUAACAUUCCUGGCAACGCUUUCGCUGGUGGCAUAGAUUUGUCUACGAUCUUUCCUCUGUACAUCAAUGUAAGACGGGCAGCAUAUAUAACCGCUAUUCUAUGUCCUAUCGUCUACCCUUGGCGGCUAGUAAAAACUGCGACGACUUUUCUUACGGUCCUGUCUGGGUAUGGCGUCUUUUUGGCGCCGAUGACUGGCAUGAUGGCUGCGAGCUACUUGAUUGUGAACAAACAGAAACUUCAACCAGAGCAUCUUUACCGUGGAGAUGCAAUCAGCAUAUACUGGUACAAUAAGGGCGUCAAUUGGCGUGCCCCUGUUGCGUGGCUUGUUGGCAUCGCAAUGUGCCUGCCUGGAUUUAUAGCCGCAGUAGACACGUCCAUUACCGUUCCUAACAGUGUCGCCGAAUUCUACGACUUGAACUGUGUUUAUGGGUUCCUCUCGGGCGCAUUGUGCUAUAUUAUCCUUCAUGGAGUCUUUCCAGCUUCUGCAGUUGACGCAUUCGCCAAUCAAUCGCCUGAGGCUAAGGAAAUGCAUCGCCUUCAUCAUAUACGAUGGGAUACCGCAUUUGAGUUCGUCUUUGGUUCUGUUUGGCCUGCAUCUCGAAUGCCAAGAUACCGAGAAAGAAACGACAAAAUAGUUAUUUGCAUCAACCCGUCGGCUGUAAUUUGGUAA